AUGGUCAAACAGCUGCUCGACGACUGCACGCUGCAGCUCUCCCACAAUGGCACCUACCUGGACCUGGAAGCCACCCUGGCAGAGCAGCGGGACGAGCUAGAAGGCUUCCAGGAUGACGCUGGGCGGGGCAAGAAGCACAGCAUCAUCCUAAGGACACAACUGUCCGUGAGGGUCCACGCCUGUAUCGAAAAACUGUACAACUCCAGUGGGCGAGAUUUAAGAAGGGCCCUUUUCUCCUUGAAGCAGAUAUUUCAGGAUGACAAGGAUUUGGUGCAUGAAUUUGUGGUGGCUGAAGGUCUGACCUGUUUGAUCAAGGUGGGAGCUGAGGCCGACCAGAACUAUCAGAACUACAUCCUGAGGGCUCUGGGCCAGAUUAUGUUGUAUGUGGAUGGGAUGAACGGAGUAAUAAACCACAAUGAAACCAUUCAGUGGCUGUACACUCUCAUCGGGUCAAAGUUCCGCCUGGUGGUGAAGACGGCCCUGAAGCUGCUGCUGGUCUUUGUGGAGUACUCGGAGUCCAACGCGCCCCUUCUGAUCCAGGCGGUCUCUGCUGUGGACACUAAAAGAGGAGUUGUACCCUGGUCAAAUAUCAUGGAAAUCUUGGAGGAAAAAGACGGGGUCGACACAGAGCUGCUAGUUUAUGCGAUGACUUUAGUGAACAAGACGUUGUCAGGAUUGCCAGACCAAGAUACCUUCUACGACGUGGUGGACUGCCUGGAGGAGCUGGGCAUUGCGGCCGUGUCCCAGCGGCACUUGAACAAGAAAGGGACUGACCUGGACUUAGUGGAGCAGUUGAACAUUUAUGAGGUGGCACUGCGGCAUGAGGACGGUGAUGAGACCGCUGAGCCACCCCCCAGUGGGCGUCGGCGCAGCCGCAGGCACUCAGUGCAGAGCGUCAGGGGUCCCCUGUCGGCCCCCACCAGUCCUUGCUCCCAGGCGGCUCCAGGAUUCAAGCCCAGUCAAGUGCGGGAUCUCCGUGAAAAGGAUGAGGAGGAGGAGGAGGAGGAAGAGGAGCAGCCAGUCACGGAGCCCAAUUCAGAGGAAGAGAGAGAGGAUGAUGCCCCCUCUCAGGGCAAGGACAGCCAGGCCAGCCCUGCCUCAGAGCAGAAGCCCACUGGGCAGGAAAGCCCAGCCCCCACCCCUGCCUCCAGCACCACCUCCACCUCCCAGGGAAAGCAGCUUCCAGCCAGCACUGCAGGGGGGAGCCCCUGGGGCAGCGGGUCCUCUGUGCCUGCCCUGCUGCCUCACCCCACCCCUGCCUCUCGGACCUCCACACCUGGCCCCCCGAAGGCAUCGCAGACCAUAGAAAAGCUGCCCUAUGUGCCCCACAGCCCCUUCCAUCUCUUCUCCUAUGACUUUGAGGAUUCACCCUUAUCCACCAAGGAAAAGGAAGCCGAGGCCCAGAAGGAAAGCAGUGGCUCUGAUUCCCUCCAUCUGAGCACGUAUUCUGCCUCUGAUCCUUACAACUUCCGGUCUUUCUCUUCUAAUAGAUACAACAACUUUGGCAACCACUCUUAUCACUCUUCAAGACCUUCGUCUGGAUCUGCUGUGCCCACCGCUUCUACAUCAUCUCUUCCAACCCCCCAGGAGCCCAGGCUGGACAGGUCAUCACUGAGUGGUCUUCUCACAUCAUCCUUUAGGCAGCACCAGGAGUCCCUGGCAGCCGAGAGAGAGAGGCGGCGGCAGGAGAGAGAAGAAAGGUUGCAGAGAAUAGAACGGGAAGAAAGGAACAAGUUCAGCCGAGAGUAUUUAGACAAAAGAGAGGAGCAAAGACAAGCAAGAGAAGAAAGAUACAAAUACUUGGAGCAGUUGGCAGCUGAGGCGCACGAGAAGGAACUGAGAAGCCGGAGCGUGAGCCGGGGCAGAGCUGACCUCUCCUUGGACCUGACCUCACCAGCCGCCCCCGCCCCUCUGAGCCCUGGCCCUUCAUCUCUAGACUCACAAGGGGCUCUCCCCGGAGCAUCAUCCUCCCCGGGAACACCUCAGCAUCCCCAAGCGAGCACCCAGGAUCCUGCGCCAGAACCAGGACCAGAGGAGGAGGUGGGGCAGGUGGGCGAUGAUGCCAACCAGGAAGUAGCCCCUGCCCACGUGGGGACUGAGAGCGAAGUGGAGCAGGAACUGGAAGAGCGAGCCUCCCUCAGUGAGAAGGAGAGGAGGAACGAGGAGGUGAACGAGAGGGACAACUGCUCUGCCUCGAGCAUCUCAUCCUCCAGCAGCACGUUAGAGAGGGAGGAGAAGGAGGACAAGCUCUCCAGGGACAGGGGCACUGGUUUGUGGUCCGCGGGGGUUCAGGAUGCCAGUGUAAAUGAACAGUGUGGCGACAUCCUCACCAACAAACGCUUCAUGCUGGACAUGCUGUAUGCCCAUAACAGAAAGCCCACGGAUGCCGAGGAGAAGGGGGAGGGCGAGCCCGCGGGCGCUGAGCAGGGGGCAGAGGCAGUGCCCAGCCUGGCCAGCAGGAUAUCCACGCUGCAGGCCAGCUCCCUGGCGCAGGACGAGAGUGUCAGGAGGGUGGACGUGGGCUGUCUGGACAACCGGGGCAGCGUGAAAGCCUUCGCGGAGAAAUUCAACAGCGGGGACCUGGGGAGAGGGCCCGUCUCCUCCGACACCCAGGCCGAUGACACGGUCCCGGAGAAAGCAUCCCCCCAGCCCAAGACGGAGUCCGACCACAUCUGGGACCAGCUCAUGGCCAACCCAAGGGAGCUCAGAAUCCAAGACAUGGAUUUCACCGACCUGGGAGAGGAGGAUGACAUCGACGUCCUAGACGUGGACCUGGGUCAUGGGGAGGCCCCUGGGCCGCCUCCCCCACCGCCACCUACCUUUCUGGGUUUGCCGCCCCCACCCCCUCCACCUUUGCUGGACAGCGUGCCUCCCCCUCCCAUCCCUGGUAAUUUAUUGGCUCCUCCUCCAGUAUUCAAUGCUCCUCAGGGCUUAGGGUGGCCCCAGGUACCCAGGGGUCAGCCGGCAUUCACGAAGAAAAAGAAGACCAUCCGUCUGUUCUGGAAUGAAGUGCGGCCUUUCGAGUGGCCGUGUAAGAACAACCGGCGCUGCAGAGAAUUCCUGUGGUCAAAACUGGAACCUAUCAAGGUGGACACUUCCAGGCUGGAGCACCUGUUCGAGUCUAAGUCUAAGGAAUUGUCCGUCUCAAAGAAAACUGCCGCAGACGGAAAAAGACAGGAGAUCAUCGUCCUGGACUCGAAGAGGAGCAAUGCCAUUAACAUCGGGCUGACGGUGCUGCCCCCUCCAAGAACGAUCAAGAUCGCCAUCUUGAAUUUUGAUGAAUAUGCCUUAAAUAAAGAAGGAAUUGAGAAAAUUCUAACCAUGAUCCCCACGGAAGAGGAGAAGCAGAAAAUCCAGGAGGCCCAACUGGCAAACCCUGAGGCCCCGCUGGGCAGCGCGGAGCAGUUCCUCCUCACGCUCUCCUCCAUCAGCGAGCUCUCGGCGCGGCUCCACCUCUGGGCAUUCAAAAUGGACUAUGAAACCACAGAAAAGGAAGUGGCAGAACCACUCUUGGACCUGAAGGAAGGAAUAGACCAGUUGGAGAACAAUAAAACCUUGGGCUUCAUCCUGUCUACUCUCUUAGCCAUCGGGAACUUUCUAAAUGGAACUAAUGCCAAAGCGUUUGAGUUAAGCUACCUCGAGAAGGUUCCAGAAGUGAAAGACACCGUGCACAAGCAGUCACUCCUCCACCAUGUGUGCACCAUAGUGGUGGAGAACUUCCCCGACAGCUCCGACCUGUACUCAGAGAUCGGGGCCGUCACCAGGUCAGCCAAGGUUGACUUUGAUCAGCUUCAGGAUAAUUUAUGUCAGAUGGAGAGACGAUGCAAAGCUUCAUGGGAUCACCUCAAGGCAAUUGCAAAACAUGAAAUGAAACCCGUUUUAAAACAACGAAUGUCAGAGUUCCUGAAAGACUGUGCUGAGCGAAUUAUAAUUUUAAAGAUUGUCCAUAGGAGAAUAAUUAACAGGUUCCAUUCCUUUUUGCUCUUUAUGGGGCAUCCGCCUUAUGCGAUCCGGGAAGUGAACAUAAACAAGUUCUGCAGGAUCAUUAGUGAAUUUGCCCUGGAGUAUCGCACCACCAGGGAAAGGGUUUUGCAGCAGAAACAGAAGCGGGCCAACCACAGAGAGAGAAAUAAGACCAGAGGGAAGAUGAUCACCGAUUCCGGCAAAUUCUCCAGCAGUUCGCCAGCACCUGCGAGCCAACCACAGGGCCUGAGCUACGCCGAGGACGCCGCUGAGCAUGAGAACAUGAAGGCUGUGCUGAACACCUCGUCCUCGGCCAUGGAUGAUGCCACCCCGGUGCUGGGCGUCCGCACACGCAGCCGGAUGAGCCGAGGAUCCGCUAGUUCAUGGACCAUGGGAACCGAUGACUCACCGAAUGUCACGGAUGACGCCGCUGAUGAGAUCAUGGACCGCAUCGUCAAGUCGGCCACCCAGGUGCCCAGUCAGCGAGUGGUGCCCCGGGAGAGGAAGCGCUCCCGGGCCAACCGGAAGUCUCUGCGAAGGACCCUGAAAAGCGGCCUGACUCCAGAAGAAGCCCGAGCCCUGGGCCUGGUGGGCACCUCGGAGCUGCAGCUGUGACCCCGGGGGCACCCUAAGAAGUGUGCCUGAGCAGAGUGCAUGCUCCUGCUGGACGGAGCCCCUGCAGUGCAGGGCGAGGAGGCUCUACGUCAGCAUGAGCAUCGAAAGGUCUGAAAGAAAGUGCCCAUCUCUCUGUGGCGCCACGGGGCUGUGUUGCGUGCUGCGCGCUGACAUGGAGUCUCCUUCCUGUACUUUCUCUUGUUUCCUUGACACCUGGUUUAGUAGUUCCAAAGGGAGACACCUUUUCUGUGCAAGGAACGGACUUUUCCGGAGCAGAUCACUCUGUCAGUGACUAAGGGCAUAUGAGGCAGUUGGAUUAGAUUCACAGCCUGGGUCUCUCCACACCACCAAAGUGUCCAGAUGUAAAACCCAACUGUACACAAAGGAAAGCACAGGCUGUUGACCAGUUGUGGAUUUUAGAUGUACUAAAUGUUUAUAUGGAUUCAUAAAUGUACACCAUGUUUCAGAUACUAAAUAAAUGGAGUUUAAUGUCA